GAACCGGGCCGUAUCGCCGCGGUGGCCUCUACCGUCGUCGCACGUAGCUCUCUCUUCCGGCGAUCCGCUAGACGAAGGGCUCCCCCGCUGAACGUCCUGCUCUCUCUCCGUCAAAUAUUUACACGUCCAGGACACGCUCCAGCCAUGGCCAUUGGUGACUUGAAGACCGACAAGGGCGUCAAGGAUCUUAACACCUACCUAGCUGAUCGCAGCUAUGUCGACGGGUGGCAACCAACUCAGGCCGAUGUUGCAGUACUUGAGGCACUGGGGAAAGCACCAUCGUCUUCGAAUCCUCAUGUACUCCGUUGGUACAACCACAUAAAGUCGUACGAUCUUAAGGCACUACCCGGUGAGAAGAAAGCUCCUGCCAUCUUCGAUGCAGCUCCGGUCUCGUCUGCGGCGAAGGCGAAGGACGAGGACGACGAUGAUCUGGACUUGUUCGGCUCGGACGAUGAAGAGGACGCGGAAGCCGCGAAAGUCAGGGAGGAGAGGCUAAAGGAGUACGCGGAGAAGAAGUCGAAGAAGCCCGUGAUCGUCGCCAAGUCGAGCAUCGUACUGGACGUGAAGAGCUGGGGAGACGAGACUGAUAUGAAGGAAAUGGAGAAUAAGGUGAGAUCGAUCCAGCAGGACGGUCUCGUGUGGGGUGCAUCAAAACUCGUCCCGGUCGGUUACGGCAUAAAUAAGUUACAGAUCAUGUGCGUGAUAGAAGAUGAAAAAGUGUCCGUGGACUUGUUGAUGGAACAGAUUCAAGAAUUCGAGGAUCUAGUUCAAUCUGUAGACAUUGCUUCGUUCAAUAAAAUCUAAGGAACAAAAACAGCUCAUUACUUUUAAUAUGAAAUUAAUAAAUAUUAAUUGUUUGUA